UUUCUCGGCGUCAGCCUCCGCCAGCGCUCAGCUGUCGGCUCCCCUCUGGCCUGUCACUCCCGCUCUCCACGGGACUGGGGCGGCUGCCCCCCUCCCUGCACACCCAGCGCAUUGGGCUGGGGGCUCCGCAGCCAGCAAAGGCUCUGACACCGGCCACCCACCCCUUGCAGGGUUUUUCGUCGCGGGACGUGAGCUCCAGACACGGCUAUGACAGAGAAGGAAGUGCCAGAGCCGCCAGCUUCACCCGCUUCAGGUGGGAAACCCAAGAGCCGGCAGCUACAGAAGCUGAAGCAACUUUUCCAGCGAAAACCCAAGGAGGAGGUGGCGCCGGAGCCGCAGCCCAACGGGGAGCUUGUCAGCCCCUCAGGGGGACCCAUCUACUACAUCUACGAGGAGGAGGAAGAGGAGGAAGAGGAGGAGGAGCCUGAGCCCCCUCCUGAGCCCCAGAAACUUGUCAAUGACAAACCCCACAAGUUCAAGGAUCAUUACUUCAAAAAGCCCAAGUUCUGUGACGUUUGUGCCCGCAUGAUCGUCCUCAACAACAAGUUCGGCCUGAGGUGCAAGAACUGCAAAACCAACAUCCACCACCACUGCCAGUCCUACGUGGAGAUGCAACGCUGCUUCGGUAAAAUCCCCCCAGGGUUUCGCCGGGCGUACAGCUCGCCCCUGUACAGUGACCAGCAGUACGCCUGCGUCAAGGAGCUGCUCUCAGCCAACAGGAGCGACCCCGUGUUCGAGACCCUCCGGACAGGCGUCAUUAUGGCCAACAAGGAGCGCAAGAAAGGGCAGGAUGACAAGAAAAAUCCUUUGGCUGCGAUGAUGGAUGAGGAACCCGAGGCCACAAAGCCAGAAGGGGGCAAAACGGAGGGCGGCACUUCUGAAGGGGACAAGAAGGCUGAGAAGAGCACGACAGAUGAUAAGAACAAGAAGCCCCAGCCGGGGAUGCGUGGUGGCUAUCUGCAGUCUCACUAUUUCGUGGCGCUUUAUCGCUUCAAAGCCUUGGAGAAAGACGACCUGGAUUUCCCGCCAGGGGAGAAGAUCACGGUGGUUGAUGACUCCAAUGAGGAGUGGUGGCGGGGGAAGAUUGGUGAAAAAAUUGGCUACUUCCCCCCGAACUUCAUCAUCCGGGUGCGGGCUGGGGAGCGGGUGCACAAGGUGACUCGCUCCUUCGUGGGCAACCGGGAAAUUGGGCAGAUCACGCUCAAGAAGGAUCAGAUCGUGGUGCAGAAAGGUGAGGAGGUGAACGGUUACGUGAAAGUCUACACCGGCCGCAAAGUGGGGCUCUUCCCCGUGGACUUCCUGCAGGAGAUCUGAGCAGGGCAGCAUCCCGGGGCCCCCCAGCAGGGGGGACGGAUGGACCCUGGCUGCGGGGAGCUGCGGAGCCAGGCAGGGAUGGCUGGCACCCUAUCCCUGAUGCCUGUGGUGAUGGGGCCUUCAGUGGGGACCGUCUCCACCAGGACCGGGCAGGCCAGGGGCACGGGAGGUGCCUCUCUGGGGCUGUUCCCCUCUGGGGCUUUUGGUGCCCGCAGAGACCCUGGGUGUGAGGAGGGGGCUGCUUGGAUGCCACCCAGCUCCUGCGCCUUGGGUGGUGGAUGACUCGGGGGUGUCAGUGGGGUCCUGUCCCAGUGCUCUGGGCUGUGUAAUUCUGUGUUUUGGCAAUACACGUCUGCUCCUGA